CCCACGCGUGGUGGGGCGCAGGCCUGGAGACUCUGCGGACCGACUCACGGGAUGCCGUGGGGACGAAGCCGGGGCCGGAGAAGGGAAGACAUCCUGGAACAGGUGGCCAGGUGCGGAGAGCCUUCAUUUCACAGGAACUCAGGCCAGGAGGGGGCGGGGAACUAAAGCCAUCGAGCGAUCCGUGGGACCUCACACUCCCGAGCCUCUCGGGGAGCUCAGUCUGGGCGAGGUGGUCCAGGGCCACUCCUUCCACCGCCACCAUGAAGCUGGACUGGACGGCCCGGCCCCGCUCGCUCCUCGUCUUCUUGCUGUCACAGCUGACUCUGCCAGGAGAUGGCAACGAGGGCAGCGUCGUUGGAAGUUGUCUCUGUGAUAAGAUAAUCCCCUCUGGCCCCCGACCAGAGGUUAAGUUAAUGGAUCAUAUGCGAAAAUAUCUGAAAGCCUUCGACCGCUGUCCAUUCUACAUCAGGUUCCAUCUACAUUCCCGCAAAGUUUGUGGGGGCAGCAAAGAGCCCUGGGUUCAAGAAUUGGUGAGCUGCUUUGAGCACAAAGAGUGUGGAAGUGUUCAUUGGAAGAAACUGAUUGACUGGAAGCAUUUGCCUCCCCCCAGCACCCUGAUUCCCAAGCCCACAGAGGCAGCACCUCCAGACAAGAGCACUCUUGCCCAGUUUUGGCCUACCCAGCAGUCCACCCUCCCACCGGGGCCACUGCCUUCAGACAACCAGUUCACCCUCCUCAGUGAAACCACUACUCCCACUUCAGCCUAUAGUGUUGGAGCUGUGCCUGAAGCUGCAGGGAACCAUAAGCAGCAGGGAGAAAACAGAGCUGCUACAGCUAGCAGCACAUCAGCUGUGGUGCCAGUGCUGUCCCUUCUGGCCAUCACCUUCAUCCUCACUGGAGUCCUCUUCUUUGUGCUAUGCAAGAGGAAGAGGAAGAAGUCAGAAAAGUGCUCCUCAGAUUUGCAGCUCCAAUGUACACUUGUGACACCAGACCCCAACACACCUGAGCCACAAAUGGAAGCCUAUAAGAGUACAGACUGAGCUGCUGUGGAAGCUAGGGAAGAUGGGCAUACAAGUGAUCUACCACUAGGGUGUACUCCAGACCCUUUUUUGUUGUUGUUGUUGGUUGUAGGGCUUGAACUCCAGUGCCAUCCCUCAGUUCUUCAGCUCAAGAUUAGCA